UCUAACCCUAACCCUAACCCUAACAGAGAUGAUCCUCCUCCGCAGAAUUGCGGUUGCGAGCAGUAGCAGGUCAUACUACACGAGCAGGAGCAAGAAACCAAACCUCUAUUCCAAAAUCAGCCCCCUCGGAAGCCCCACAGCCAGCGUCGUGUCGGAGCUCGACGAUUGGGUCUACAAAGGGAACAAACUUCGAGUCGCCGAACUUCAACGCAUCAUUCGAGACCUUCGCAAGCGCAGUAGGUUCUCCCAAGCCCUUCAGGUGUCUGAAUGGAUGUGCGAGAAGGGUGUGUGCAUAUUUUCUCCGACUGAACACGCGGUUCAUUUGGAUCUUAUUGGCAAGGUUCAUGGAUUUCCUUCUGCAGAAAGCUACUUUAAUGGCUUGAAGGAUCAACAUAAAACCGAAAAGACCUACGGUGCUCUUUUGAAUUGCUAUGUUCGGCAGCGCCAAACUGAGAAGGCUCUCUCCCAUUUGCAGAGGAUGAAGGAGUUAGGGUUUGCUUCUUCGCCUCUGACUUACAAUGACAUUAUGUGUUUGUAUACAAAUAUUGGACAGCAUGAGAAGGUUCCUGAUGUGCUGGCUGAGAUGAAAGAAAACCAGGUCUUGCCGGACAACUUCAGCUACAGGAUCUGUAUAAAUUCUUAUGGUGUGAGGUCUGAGUUUGGUAGAAUGGAGAGUGUGUUGAAAGAGAUGGAGACUCGACCAGACAUUGUAAUGGACUGGAACACUUACUCUAUCGUGGCCAAUUUUUAUAUAAAAGGAGAACUUGCAAGUGAGGCUGUUUGUGCCCUGAAGAAAGCUGAGGAGAAGCUUGAUAACAAGGAUGGCCAGGGUUACAAUCAUCUUAUCUCUCUUUAUGCCCGUCUUGGACUGAAGAAUGAGGUCAUGAGAAUAUGGGAUUUGGAGAAAAGUGCUUGCAAGAGGUGCAUAAACAGGGAUUUUACGACCAUGUUGGAAUCUCUGGUAAAACUUGGGGAGCUUGAUGAAGCUGAGAAUGUACUGAAGGAAUGGGAAUCCUCUGGAAAUUGUUAUGAUUUUGGAAUCCCAAGUAUCGUGAUCAUUUGUUACUCACAAAAAGGUUUGCACGAGAAAGCUGAAGGCAUGCUUGAGGAAUUACAGAAGAAUGAAAAGGUCACCACCCCAAAUUGUUGGUCUGUAGUGGCAGGUGGAUACAUGAACAAGGGUGAGAUGGAGAAAGCAUUGAGGUGCUUUAAAACGGCCCUCUCUUUGUACGUGGAAGGUAAAGGAUGGAAGCCUAACGCGAAGUUGAUUGCAGAGCUAUUGCGUUGGAUUGGUGAUAACGGCAGUAUCGAAGAUGCAGAAGUUUUUGUUAGCUUAUUAAGAAAUGCUGUUGUCCCACCAAACAGACAAAUGUAUCACACCCUAAUCAAGACUUAUAUGCGAGGUGGUAGAGAAGUGGACGAGCUUUUGGAUCGCAUGGAAAAAGAUGGCGUCGAUGAAAAUGAAGAAACUAAGAAAAUCAUUAACAUGAAGAAUGCAUAAGUUUUGAAACUUAAUUUCCCGACGAUGUUGAUAGAAGUGAAUCAAGGGACAGGUUCAUUUUUUCUUGGCAUUGAGCCAUAUAUACGAAACCCCUCAAUUAAGUUCUUGAACAUGGCAAGCGUUGUCACUUUGGUCCUACUAAGAUCACUUAUCAAAGGGACUGGGCGACUAGUGGGAAAGACGAUUUAUACAUUUAGGAGUACUAUGUUUAUUUAGUUAACUCGACUGUCUUGCCCACAUGGCAAGUUAUGUGCCAAUGCGAAUUUGACCUUAAACAAGCAUAUUUGUACAAGUGAACAGGGAUCAAAUCAAAGUGACGUUACUCUGGACUAAAAUUAAAUAAAUGAGUGUGCCUAUGGCCAUUUUCCAUUUUUGUGAA